GAUUCCAUGUCGAAACAAGUUUUUAUUUAUAAUAUAAAUAAUCACAUAUAUAAUAAAAUUAAAAUGUAUGUACAACCAUUUGCAUGUAACUUGCGCAACUAUAAUAUUUUUAAUUAAACGUAUUACAUAAAUGUCUUUCACUAAUAUAUUUAUUCGUUGGGUAAUGUGUUUACGUUUGUAACAAAAAAUCGACAGAUAAUACCGAUUUGAUGGAUCGAGAAUCACUACGAAGUCGAAUAUCGUGAAAUCGAUCAUUUCGAUUAAUCGAUCAUUCGGACGGUGGUAGUAAAAGAGCAGUGUGCAGUGGUUCACAAAAGUAUUGUAUAUUUUUGAACAAAGGACAAAUUAAAACGAGAUUAUAGUGGAGAUGGUUGGUUGUGUAUUCGAGUGAAGAAACUAAGUAAAAACUUCAGACUCCCCCUUUCUCGUAGAACGAUGUUAACCAUACGGUGACGAGGCCAGCCAGAUCGGCGGAAAACUACGUCACCAGUGACGGAUUCCCCCGAAACUGGGACAAAGUGCAGUGUACUCUGGCAUUGCGCUUUACCGGAAUCUCUCUCACUCCAUGUCCUAGUACCUUCCCCUCUUUCUCUCUCUUUUACUCUCAGGAUUGACCAAUCGUCUCGUCAUCCUCGAAUCCUCGAUCGAAACUGACAGGUAAACAUCAAGAUUUUCGGAAAGUUGGUCGGAUUAUUUAUGCAUUUGUCACAUAUUUUUUUAUUUCUUAGUAUUUCUUAUUAUUCAUCGUAUCAUUAUUUAUUAGUAGUAGUAUAUUACCAGUAUGGACGUUGUGUUAUUGAAUUAAAUUGAAACUGAAAUUGAACACUGUAUGUAUCUUUAUAAAAGUUUUCGACGUUACAUGUGUAACAUUUCUGCGAAUUUGUGCGCAGUAUAUUGAAAAUUUAAAAUAUAAGAAUUCAUAUUGUCAAAGACAAGGUAAAUUGAAGCACAUUUGUUGAAUUUGUUCUAGGUAAACUACGACGAAUGGUGCAGGUUCAACAAUACAGUGUCCGGAGGGUUCAGUAUCAUGUCAGAUGGGGUUGAUGCUGGCGGCGGGGAAAACGAGGUAGAUUCCCAUUCCUGUUCGCACGCCGACGUCGGAGAGUCCUCAAAUCCAAGAGAUGAGGAGAACUUGGAUCCAGAUAAUGAAGCUGCCUUAAAUACUAAUUAUGAUAGUGGUGAUGGUGCUGUGCCAGCUUUUAGGUCUGUCAUCUUCAUGUGUGAAAGGUGUGAGAACUAUGAAACUAUAAAUAAGACAGCAUUCUGCGCUCAUCAGGAUCAAUGUUUGGCUAAUGCAGAGCCAGGAGAAAGCACCGAGAACAUAGAAGCUACUGAAAAUGAUGGAGAUGGAGAAGAAACACAUCCUGGAAUUCGUUCUCAUAGGAAAAUGUUUGAAUGUGAUGUUUGCAAUAUGCAAUUUUCUAAUGGAGCUAACAUGAGACGGCACAAGAUGAGACACACUGGUGUGAAACCAUAUGAGUGUCGUGUAUGCCAGAAAAGAUUUUUUCGCAAGGAUCACUUGGCAGAGCAUUUUACGACACAUUCUAAAACUUUGCCAUAUCAUUGUCCAAUUUGCAACCGAGGUUUCCAGAGACAAAUUGCUAUGAGAGCUCAUUUUCAAAAUGAACACGUUGGCCAACAUGAUAUGGUCAAAUCUUGUCCUUUGUGCAAUUAUCGUGCAGCAACUAUGAAGUGCCUCAGACACGGGAUCGAUCUAGAUAAUCCAGGACCAAACAGUUCGAGUUCAUUGAUGAAUAGUUGUGCUCCAGGCGAAGCUAUGCCUUCUGCUCCUCUUUCAGAUAGUGGAGACAGUACUGGAAAUCGUUCUGCAGAUAAUGCAACACCGCCAAUGCAUUUUCUAACACCUCAUAUAGAAAUAUCAAUUCCUUAUCCAGAGCAAACCGCAAAUCAACGAAAUCCAAGUCCUGCUCCUUUAAACGGAGAUAGCCCAAAUAGCCCUCAAAGCGCAGAUAGUAAUAGUAAUGCUCCAAGUAGUAGUCACCAUCAGUUACCAAUUAACAGUAGUGGUAUUCACAGGAAUCUUGGUGGAAGUGAAGAGGCAAUCACACCUUCUAUUUCAUUAAUUCCUAUUAAGCAAGAACCAAACAGUAAUGGAGCGGAAGAAAACGGAGCAACAUCCAGUAAUCUUCCAUUACCAUCUUUGAUAAAAGUUUCUCCAUUAAAAUCUCUUCUUCGAGACGAUUUACGACGUAAACUUUCAUCUGGCUCAGGAAAUAAUAACAAUAACAACAAUAAUAACAAUGGUAAUAAUAGUUCAAAUUCAAAUCCCCACUCAAGAGGAGAACCUCCUAGUUCGACAAGGCCCGAUCAACGAAGUAGUGGACUUCAGUGCGCUCACUGUAGAAUUACCUUCCCUGAUCAAACAUUAUAUUUUCUUCAUAAAGGUUGUCAUAGUGAAAGCAAUCCUUGGAAAUGCAAUAUUUGCGGAGAACAAUGUUGCAACUUGUAUCAAUUCAAUUCGCAUUUAUUAAGCAAAAGUCAUCAGUAAUUAUUAAAAGAAUAAUGUUCUUUUAGAAUCUCGUUUAUUUAAAUUGGAUAAUAUAAUUAAUUUAAUUUAUAGAAGCAAAAUUAUAAUCUUGAAUCAGAAAGAAUUGUUUUGUGUUAUAAAACGUAAAUUAAAUUUAUAUAUAUAUCACACUUUUCUAAUAUUUCUAUUUAUUUUAAUAUCCACACAGGAUGUUAAAGAAAAAGAAUUUAGUACUUCAAGGAUAAAUCGUAUUCAUCAAAUAGAAAAGAAAAGUUUUAAUCAACAUAGAUCGAAAAAUUUAUUUAUUUUCAAAGCAAUUUUUAUUAUAAGCAAUUUUUUGUUCUAGUUAUAGUGCUCGAUUAUAUAUACUUGCUUCGUUAUAUGUAAACAACUGAUUAUCUUACUAUUUGUUCUACUAAUGUUUAUAGAAGAUUAUGUUUCUUUUCUGUUUCACAUCUUCGGAAUGGGAGAAUUUCGAACUUCUAUAUCAGGAAUCAGGUUUUUCCAAAUCUCGAUGUCGUAUUUUAAAUAGACCGGGCUCACAAAGACGUUCAUGAAGUUUCGUAAAUAACACAUGAGAUGGUAUUUUUCGGUUCGGAUAUUUUUCUAUAUAAAAUUGUUUACAAAAUUUUAUUAACAUCUUUGUAAGAAGGAUUUAUUUAAAACAUGAUAUCGAGAUUUGGGAAAACGAAGUUCUAUUUCGAUUCUUGGAGGUCGAAAUGAUUUGAAAUUCUUUCAUAGAAAGAUGUAAAAUUUGCAUGGAAAUGAAAAGAGCAUACGUAGAAAAUCUUCUCUGGGGAACGUCAAUAGAAGAAAUAAUAAAGUAUUCAAUUAUUACAUAUAAUUGAUUACUAGAAACAAGUAAGUCGAGCAUUAAAAUUGAAACAGAAAAUUGCUCAUGAAUUUGAAUUUUUUGAUCUAUGUUCAUUAGAACUUUUCUCUUUUAUUUGACAAAUAUCAUGUAUUCUUGAAGUACCCUGAAUCCUUUUUUUUUAACACUUUGUACAUAUAGUUAUUAAUUAACUAAAAAUUAAAUAAACGAGGUUCGAAAAAUAAUUUUGCAAUCUGGAAAAAGUCGUGCCUUCAUCAAAAUACCUUUGCCAACGCUCACAUUCGUCCGAAUCGUGCUAAUUUGUGAUGGUACGAAUGAUCCGUCCAUGGAGCUUUACUGAAACGUAUUCCAAAAGCUCGAUUGAUAGUUUUAUAUAUAUAAACCUAGUUAUAUAUAUUUAGAUAGAAAAAACAGUGACUACCAAUGUGCUCUUCGUUUUAUUCAAAUUCUUUUUACGCACUGUUUUUUGUUUGGUUUUUUUGUAAAAUUAUUUGUUAAAUUUUAUUAAUUUUAUAUUUAUAUAAUAUGUAUUCGUACAUAUAAUUUCAUUUAGUUUUAUUAGAAUAAGAAUAUUAUGAUUAUUACAUGAUACUGUUAUUUUGAUUAUUUAUAUGUAAAAAAGAAUUACAAAUAAUCAAGGAAAAUUACUUAAACACUAAAUUUCAGUUGUCGAUUUAUUAUCAUGAUGUGAAGAAAGAACAGAGCUGUGUAUUACAUUGCAUAUAAAUACAAAUAUAUAAAUAAGAGAAGGAAAUGACAACUAAAAUAUUGUGUCAGCAUAUUUUAUAUAAAGGUAUUUGUACAGAAAAGUAUUAAAGUAUAAAAAAGGUAUAAAAAAGGUAUGCAAAUAAAAAAGUCAAGAUAUCAUAUUUCAAAGAUUGAUAUUAAUAUCAGAAUAAAAAUAAUUAUAUGAUUGUUAAAAUUAAAGAAAAAACACAAGGUACAUAGAAUUAAAAACUAAUUGGGAAAUAAAUCACAAUAAAAUCAGUAUUUAAUUGUUCAAAUUAAUUGGUCAAAUAAAAAUUAAACAUUUAUUUCAGUAUAAAUAAAUACAAAACUCUAUCUCAUUAGCAGUCUUGAAAUAUAAUUUCGAGAUCCUAAUAAGUGUUUUGUGUACGUGUAUAUGUAUGUAUGUUUAAUACAGAAUAUUCAAUUUAUGUGGGUAAAUUUGUAUUAUUAUACGUUAUGUAAUAUACAAACAAUUUUCGAGUCACAGUCAUUAAAAAUUUAUACUGAUAUAUUAUAGUUAAUUUCAAAAAUAUAAAAAUAUAAAAAUAACAGACCAUAAUAGAAUGUGUAAUGAAAUUGGUACUCUGUACAUAUUCUAUAUUAAACAAGUACAUUAAGCGCGAUACGCACGAAUACUGUUGUCAAUGGUUGUAGUUAUUUAAAAGUUGUUCCGUAAAUUACGUAAUGUUUAAUACACUUAUCACUAUUACUAUAUUAUUACUAUUAUUAUGUUAUUAUUGUAUUAUUUAUCGAUACGUAAGUUAUUUAUUGUUACUUUGCAUUCCAAUGUACUAAGUUUUAAUUAUGCCUCAAAGUUGACGAUGCUUGUUUAUUUCAAAGUUUAUUUUUAUUACUUUUUUUAUUAUUCUUCAACUUUUUAAUUAUGUUAUGUUUUCGAAAUAAUAAAGAAAAUUUAAUUAAUUGUUUUUAAUGACAAAAUUUCAAAUCAUCAAAGUUUAUAGAAAAAUGUCUCUAUUGUGGAAUGUUUUAUAUUCGAUCAAUGUAUUUUUUUUUUUUUUUUUUUUUUUCAAUACAAAAUAAUAUAUACUUUUCAGUGCCUAAAAGUGAACGUAAUAUAUAA